UGUAAAAGUUUAGCCCGACUUUCACUUCGAUUUCCUGUGCGAAUUCCGUUAUAGCCGAAAGAAAGGCGCCGAACUUUAGGCAACACAAUUUGCAGUGCCGUCGGAAGGACUUCAUUUACGGAUCCCAACUUUGUUUUGUGGAAAUAAAAGUGAAAAUUGAAACGUUUUUGGAUUAUAUUUGUGAGAAAUAACAGCGAAAAUUGAAUUCGAUGCAAUUGGCACUUGAUUGAUAGAUAAGAGACCGAAUCCCUGGGGCCAGAGCGCCGGACGACGACAACUUGGAGACAGUGGCAAAUACCUAAGCAUGCUGCAGAAUCCUUCCAAAUAUCACGCAAAUCCCUUGUCGCACUUCCUGGCAUUGCAUAACACACAGGCCAGUGGCGGGGCGGCGGGGGUGGGCGGGCUGGCCAGCCUGGGCGGGGGCAUCCCGGCACAUGGUCAACCGCAUCAUCAUCAUGCGCUGGCAGCGGCUGCAGCAGCGGCGGCCGCCGUCUCGGCGGGUCAGAGUUCAUACCAAAUGGAGCAGCAGCAGCAGCAGCAACAUAAUCAUCAGCUGCAACAGCAGCAACAUCAUCAUCAGCAGCAGCUCCACCCCAGCCACCACCACCACCACCCACCGACAACAGGGAGCAGCAGCAGCAGCAACAACAGCAACAACAACGGCAGCAACACCACCGGCAACAACAGCAACAGCAGCAGCAACAACAGCUGCCACAGCAGCAGCAACAGCAACCACCGGGAGCAGUUGGCGGCGGCCGCCACUGCGACGUCGCACGCGCAGCUCAUCGAGGCGGCAGCGGCGCAUUCCUCCCUCGACGUGGGCAAGUCCUUCACCAUCGCCGCCAUUUUGGGCCUGCAGAGCCAGCGCAAGGACUACAACAAUGCCAUCAAUCUCUCCCUGCACGACAACAACAACAUUGGCGACGACAACAACAAGUGCUACACGAGCAACACGGGCGGCAGCAGCAGCAACAGCACCAACAACAACAGCCAGAGUGUAAACAACUUUAAUUGUGAUAACGUGGCCGGCAGUGGACGCUACCUGCACGGUGGCCAUCCACAUCCGCAUCCCCACCAGUCGGGCUUCGCCGCUGUGGCCGCCGCCGUGGGAGCAGCUCCCUCUGCCCUCCAGAGCCUGCAGCAGCUGCACCAGCAACACCACGCCCAGCAACAGGCCUCGCUGAACUUCCAGCGCGAGAAACUCAAGUCGGACUCUCACAAGAAAAGUGCGCUGAAGAACAAGCGCGUCCGGACCAUUUUUACCCCAGAGCAGUUGGAAUGCCUGGAGGCGGAAUUCGAGCGCCAGCAGUACAUGGUUGGACCGGAGAGGCUCUACCUCGCCCACACACUCAAGCUGACGGAGGCCCAGGUGAAGGUUUGGUUCCAGAACAGGCGGAUCAAGUGGCGCAAGCACCACCUCGAACUCACGCAGCAAAGGCUGGCCCUGAUACGGCAGACUCAGCUGCCGGGCACGUCUAUCCUGGGCAACCAGGUGUCCGUGGCUGCCAAUACGGCCCACUCGGCGUCCACGGAUGUCACAACCGGAUGCAGUGCAGCCUCGCCCAGUCUGCAGGAGGAGGACAACGAGGACAGCAAGCACUCACUGUCGCUUUCCGGCGUCAUGCCGCCGCUGAGUCGGGCGCAAUCCGAGUCGGAUCUGUCCAUCUGCAAUGACUCCCUGGACGGCGACAGCCUCAUGGAUGGCAGCGAAGAGGCCUAA